GGUGAUACGUUGGCGAUGCACGAACUGUUCGGGCUGUUGGGACCGUCUGCCAGUUAUUUUUGUCACGCGGAAGGUAUUCUCGACAUGGAAACGUUUGCUAUGCUAGAUGAAACAGAUUUCAACAGAUUGAAUCUAAAUACCGGUCAACGAAAAAAAAUCCAAAAGCUCCAAAAAGAAUCACAAAAUGCAGCAAAAUUUAUACAAAAGGACUUGAGCGAUUCCGUUCCAUACGAAGAUAUCGAAUACAUUGAUUCUGAAGCAGAUGCAUCUGUUUCACUAGAGAAGGAAUUUGACAUCGAUUUGGUGUUUCAAGCAACACCGGAGGGAAGAUACAUUAUACAAUCAUUACAAGAACAGAACUCAGUUACCAGUAAACUGAUCAAGUCUGUUACUAAAGUGCUCAGCGAAUAUCUCAUCGAACGGUUUGGUUUCCAUCCUAGCGUACACCACAAAAACAUAGUUGCUACAUCCUUGGUGAACAAAUACAAAAUACUGAAGUCGGAGAGUGCAGAUAUACCACAGGCUUUAUGGUUUUAUCCAAAUGGUAGAGGCUAUGGUAGACAUAGUGGGAAACUACACUACCAUAUCGAAUAUUUAGUGAAGAAGCAUGAGAAGCAGAUUCAUCGCAAAAAUCUUUGUGUAGAUGAGACCGUGAAUUCUAUACCAUCAACCAGCAGUACACCAGAGAACUUUCCGGGUACAACAGAUAAUAAUCUGACGGAAACAAUUAACAAGCUCAAAUUCAUUGUGCCAUCGGAGGAGUCAUUCAAAAUCAUCCGAGCGGAUUGGAUAAAAACAGUCAUGCUUCGUAAUGAGCUCAGGCAGAACGAUGAUUGCACUGGAAAAAUGAUCGAAAUGUUUCCACUGUCAAUGGCAUUUGAUGGCUCGCUGAUAAACCUGGAUUUCGACAAUAUGUUUCCAUCUGCCAAUAAGGAUGAAGAUGUCUUGGGUGCUUUGCAAGGCAAAAUAUUAGACAAGUUCAACCAUCUACAUCCAACAAUUGACGAUCAGUUUAUUCGCUUGUUACUCGUUAUUAAAGAAAAGAACCCUACACGUGGAGCGAAACGAGCGAACAAAGGCCCAAAAACGAUUGCUAACUUGCUAGAAAGAAUCGUUGAGUGGAUAAACCCAGAAGACAACGUUGAACAUUUUGCAGCAACCUAUCGGGCUACCGACAAUCCAGUUCUAGUGGUUCGUGGUCCUUUGUACUGCGUGGGCGAAACGUACAUCCGUGUUGGAAAACGUAUAUUCUCAGGAGGAUCCGAACUUCAAAAUGCAUUCUUCAUUAUGAUUAAGACGCACUACUUUUUCAAUUUGAAAUUUGAACAGUCGCUGGCUAACUUUUUUUCUUUUUUUACAUCGGCUGUGCUUAACGUUAGCAAGCCUUCGACUACCACCAAUGGUUUUCUACUGCAGCUUAGAUAAGAAUGAUGGUUGGUUAAUUUGAAAAUUGAUGAUUCGUUUUCUGGAAUUUGUACGAAAAAUAAAGAUUAAUAGAAUAAAAAUAAAGAA